GCCAGGAGGAGCUGCCAUGGCUGCCCUGAAGGUCGCCCAGGUGGACUGGCAGAGGGAGGCCAACGGGCCCGGCCACCGCACCGCCGCGUUUCCGGGCCCCGAGCUGGUGGUGAGGAGAGGCCGACCCUUCCGCCUCACGCUGGGCCUCAGCAGGGCCCUGGGCGCCCGCGACAGCCUCCGCUUCGUCGUGGAGACCGGGUCCCGGGCGUCGGAGGAGCUCCGGACCAAGGCCUUGUUCUCCACGUCGGAGGAGGAGGAGGAGGAGGAGGAGGAAGAGGAGGCCGAGGCCCGCUGGAAGGCCGCGGUGGAGGCCAAAGAGGAGGCCGGGCCUCCCAACGCGGUGGGGGUCUCCAUCUGCAGCCCGGCCGACGCGCCCGUAGGCCGCUACAAGCUGAGCGUCCGCGUGUCCUCGCGUGGCCCGCGCAGCGUCCAGAAGCUGGGGCAGUUUGUGCUGCUCUUCAACCCCUGGGCUCCGGAGGAUGCGGUGCACCUGAGCUCGGAGGAGGAGCGGGAGGAGUACGUGCUCAACGAGCACGGCGUCAUCUUCCGCGGCGUCAAGGAGCGCAUCCGCCCCCAGGGAUGGAACUACGGCCAGUUCGAGGAGAACAUCCUGAACAUCUGCCUGUCCAUCCUGGACCAAAGCCCCGCCGCCCGGCUGGAUCCGCUCAUGGACGUCAGCCGACGAGGGGACCCCAUCUACGUCAGCAGGGUGGUCAGCGCCAUGGUGAACAGCAACGACGACAAGGGAGUGAUAGAGGGCCAGUGGCGGGGCGACUACAGCGGGGGGACCGACCCCCUGGCUUGGAGGGGCAGCGUGGCCAUCCUCCGCAAGUGGUUUCGCACCCGCUACAAGCCCGUCAAGUUUGGCCAGUGCUGGGUCUUCGCCGGGGUGAUGUGCACAGUGCUGCGGUGCCUGGGGCUGGCCACGCGCGUCGUGUCCAACUUCAACUCCGCCCACGACACGGACGGGAACCUCAUCGUGGACAAAUACGUGGACAGCUUCGGCCGGGCCCUGGACGACAUCACCGAGGACAGCAUGUGGAACUUCCACGUUUGGAACGAGAGCUGGUUCGCCCGGCCGGACCUGGGGUCCUCCUACGGUGGUUGGCAGGUCUUGGACGCCACCCCUCAAGAGCAGAGUCAAGGCGUGUUCCGGUGCGGGCCCGCGUCGGUGGCGGCCAUCCGGGAGGGCGAGGUGGACCUGGCCUACGACGGGCCGUUCGUGUUCGCCGAGGUGAACGCCGACUGCGUGACGUGGCUGUGCGGGGCCUCCGCCGCCGCCCGCGAGCCCGUCCGCACGGACCCCCGCGCCGUCGGGGCGCGCCUCACCACCAAGGCCCUGCGAGGGGACCGGCCCUGCGACCUCACCCGCUCCUACAAGCACCCCGAGGGAUCCAAGAAGGAGAGGCAGGUAUUCCGGAAGGCCGUGAGGAAGCUGUUCGGGACGGAGUCCGCCGGGCGGAGAGAGCGGGUCCUCCGGGCCGGGGGCCGCGGCCCGGGGCCCGCCAAGAAGCCCACCGUCUCCGGGAAGUUGAAGCUGUUGGAGACGCCCACGGUGGGCCGGGCCCUCCGCCUGGUCCUGGGCCUAAACAACCUCACCGCCCGCCCCAAGAAGGUCAAGGUCAACCUCAGCACGUCCACCGUCCUCUACACUCGCCGGCCCGUGGCCGAGGUCCUUCACGAGUCCAGGGCGGUCAAGCUGGGCCCCCGGGAAGAGAAGAAAAUCCCCAUCAGCAUCUCGUACUCGGGGUACAAGAAGGAUCUGACGAGCGACAAGAAGAUCCUGGUGUCGGCCAUGGUCCUCGUCUUCAAGGGCGAGAAGAUGCUCCUGGAGAAAGUUGUCACCCUGGGGGAUUUCAUCCUCCUCAAGGUGCUGGGCCCGGCCGUGGUGGGCGAACCCUGCGCCGUGGCCGUGACCGUCUCGAACCCGCUUCCCGAGGCCGUGGCUGACUGCGUGCUGGUGGUGGAGGGCAGCGGCCUGCUCGCCGAGCCCCUCAGCAUCGAGGUGCCGCCCCUGGGGCCCGAGGAGCAGGCCACCGUCCGCUUCGACGUCACCCCGUACAAGAGCGGGUCGAGGCAGCUGCAGGCCGACUUGGUCAGCGCCCAUUUCCCGGACGUCAAGGGCUUCCUGGCCGUCCAGGUGGCCCCCGGCCCGCGGGAUCGCCCUCGGCCCCUCUGACCGAAGCCGCUCCGUGCCUCAGUUUCCUCCUCUGUAAGCCGCGGGGUCCCCGGGGGUCGGGAGGUGGACGGCGUCUGCGUAUCACCUGAUUAUCUUUUAUCUACUCCGGCGCUUGGCACUCUCCCCUCCAAACUGUGAGCCCGCUGUCGGGUAGGGACCGUCCCUAUGUGUUGCCAACUUGGACUUCCCAAGCGCUUAGUACAGUGCUCUGCACACAGGAAGCGCUCAAUAAAUA